AUGUCUCCUGCGCCUCUGAUUAUCAUUGUCCUAUCCUCUCUUCUGACAUGCUCGUUACUAGGUGCUAGUGCUACAGCUCUCCACGAUCAUGGUGAUGCUAGCACCGACUUCCAAGCCCUCCGUUGCCUUAAACUUCAUCUCAGCACUUCUGGAUUCCUACCCUCAUGGAAGAUUGAUGGUUCCCUCCAAAAGUUCUGCACUUGGUCCGGUGUUACCUGCAGCAAGAGGCACACGUCUCGUGUGGUUGCACUAGACCUCGAGUCACUCUACCUUGAUGGCCAAAUGCCUCCUUGCAUUGCAAAUCUCACCCUCCUCACAAGAAUCCACCUCCCAAAUAAUCAGCUUCGGGGUCCAAUCCCGACUGAACUUGGCCAACUGAAUAUGCUGCGGUAUCUUAACCUCAGCUCAAACAAUCUUAGCGGCAUGAUCCCGAGCACUCUGUCCUCAUGCUCUCAGCUUAGAGUCAUUGAUCUUGGGAGCAACUCCUUCAGUGGUGAGAUCCCACCAAACCUAAGCCAAUGUCCAAAUAUGCAGCAACUCAAGCUGGAUUACAACAUGCUGAUUGGAGGCAUCCCCGAAGGGUUGGGGAUACUCCGCAACCUUUCAGUUUUGCAUCUUGCUGGAAAUACCUUGACGGGUAAUAUACCUCGUUCACUUGGAACCAGUCCUGCUCUUCACUCUGUUAAUCUCACUGACAAUAGCCUCAUAGGACCUAUCCCGUCUCUCCUAGCUAAUAGUUCAUCACUUCAAUUUUUGGUCUUAACCAAAAAUCAGCUAGGUGGAGAGAUUCCAUCUGCACUAUUCAACAGUACAUCACUCAAAAUCUUGUCCCUGGGAGUAAACAACUUUAUUGGGUCCAUACCUACUGUUUUCCCGAAUUUUGAUGACUCACCCUUGCAACAUCUUGUCUUGGCAUCAAAUAAUCUUGCAGGGGCAAUACCUUCUACUCUAGGGAACUUUUCUUCCCUUCGCUGGCUCUUACUUUCACAGAAUAAUUUUCAAGGUAGCAUCCCAGCGAGUAUAGGUAAGCUUCCCAACCUGCAACUACUAGACCUGAGUUACAACUUAGAGGUAUUGUUAUUAAGAACAAAUAAAAUAUCUGGCACUAUACCAAAAGAAAUAGAGCACCUCACAAACAUCAAACGUCUUUACAUGGAAAAUAAUUUGCUUACCGGAAGUAUCCCCAAAUCACUUGGAAAUCUUGAGGACUUGAUUGAACUAAGCUUAUCCCAGAAUAAACUUUCUGGACAAAUUCCGCUAUCAAUUGGCAGUCUAAGUCAACUGAGUGAGCUAUAUUUACAGGAAAAUAAUUUGAGUGGCCCAAUCCCAAGAAUUCUAGCGGAUUGCAAAAACUUGGAAAUAUUGAACCUCUCUUCUAACCGCUUUGAUGAUAGCAUACCAAAGGAGCUACUUACACUUUCCUCCCUUUCAAAAGGUUUGGACUUAUCUCAUAACAAACUCUCGGGACAAAUACCACAUGAGAUUGGCAGCUUGCUCAACCUUGGCCCAUUGAAUAUUUCCAAUAACCAGUUGUCUGGAGAAAUACCCUCCACUCUAGGUGAGUGCGUCCAUUUGGAGUCGUUGCACAUGGAGGGGAACAAUUUUCAUGGGAGAAUCCCUCAAAAUUUCUUGAAUUUGAGAGGCAUCAUUGUAAUGGAUCUAUCGCGAAACAAUUUGUCCGGUGAAAUCCCUAACUUUUUUGAGUCCUUUAGUUCCAUGAAGCUUCUAAAUUUGUCGUUCAACAACCUCGAGGGACCAGUACCACCAGGUGGGAUGUUCCAGAAUGGAAGUGAGGUGUUCAUACAAGGUAACAAGAAGUUAUGUGCAAACACCCCAUUGCUAGAGUUGCCACUUUGCAAUGGAGUGAAAUACAAACAAAAGAUGCACAUCUCCAAGAUCCUUAAGAUUGUAGCAAUUACUGCUCUUUCUUUGGUUCUGUCAUCAUGCUUUGGAGUCAUUAUUUUCAAAAGGAGAAAGAAAAUCGAACAAGCAGCACAUCCAUCUAUCAAGGAGUUAAAGAAGUUGACAUAUGCUGAUUUAGUGAAAGCAACAAAUGGUUUUUCUUUAACCAACUUGGUUGGUUCAGGAAAAUAUGGGUCUGUAUACAAAGGCAGAAUUGAUUCUGAAGAUCAUAUAGUUGCCAUCAAAGUUUUCAAACUUGGUCAACUUGGAGCAACAAAGAGUUUCCUUGCUGAAUGUGAGGCACUGAGAAACACUCGUCAUCGUAAUCUUGUAAGGGUGAUCACCGUAUGCUCGACAAGUGACACGACAGGAAAUGAGUUCAAAGCUCUUAUUCUUGAGUUUAUGGAAAAUGGUGACCUAGAGAGUUGGCUCUAUCCGACAUUACUCCACAAGAAUCAUCCAAAAAGGCCGUUGUGUUUGGGUUCAAGAAUAGUAGUAGCAGUGGACAUAGCCACUGCGUUGGAUUACCUCCAUAACCAUUGCAUGCCUCCUGUGGUCCACUGUGAUCUAAAGCCUAGAAAUAUCCUUCUGGAUGAUGUCAUGGGCGCACAUGUUGGUGACUUUGGGUUGGCUAAGUUUCUACAUGGUUAUUCUUCUUCUUCGGGGACUGCUGGUUCUACUUCUACAAGCUUAGUGGGGCCAAGAGGAUCAGUUGGAUACAUUGCACCAGAAUAUGGCUAUGGAAGCAAAAUCUCGACGGAGGGUGAUGUUUACAGCUAUGGAAUCAUCAUCUUAGAGAUGCUCACAGGGAAGCGUCCAACUGAUGAGAUGUUUAAAGAUGGCCUGAGCCUCUACAAAUUCGUGGAAGAUUCAUUUCCUGAAAAGAUUGGGGAGAUUCUAGAUCCUAGAAUGAUCAUCCCCUAUUAUGGGAACCAAGAUGAAGAAGAAGCAGGGAGUUCUUCAGACCAGGAAAACCAUCAAAUGGCUGCAGGAAUAAUGGGCUGCAUCACUGCUCUCACUAAGCUUGGCCUGCUAUGCGCCGCAGAGACGCCUAAAGAUCGCCCAGCGAUGCAGGACGUCUGCGUUACUGCUACCGCAAUCAAAGAAGCAUUUUCAGCACUGCAAGCCUGA